UUAUCUACAUCGUGUACUGAACUUCGUUGAAUACAUCGAAUGUGCAUAAACAUUGAAGAUAAUUUUUCUAAAUAUCUAAAUAUUUCACAUAAUUGUGUAAAAUGUAAUUAUGAAAUCACUGUCGAGCCUGGCCUUAAUUUGUAAAUUGUUGUAACUUCUUCUAUUACAUUAUUUUAGUUUUUUUUUAUUUUUAAAAUGAGUUGCCUCCUUAGUAAAUUCUGCAGUAUUAAGUCAACUGUUCAGCUACGGAAAUUAUCUGUGCCUGCUAAUUCUCUCCUUGCUAGAAGAACAUUCAAUCGGCCAAAUCAUAAUUUUAAGAGAUUUCAAAGUCAAUCCAAUUCUCUUUUAGGACCUUCUUUAUUUUGUAUAUCUGUAUGCACCGGUUCGGUAGUGUUGGCAUCAGUUAUUCAAUAUGAGCGACUUCGUGUUAGUGUUAAGAAAAUCGAUCCUUUUGAAUUUUACAGAAAUUCUAUCAUUAGGAAAAACGAGAAUUUUAUUUCCAAGUUGAAAAAUAAUUUCAAUAAAUUACAACCAUCGGAAAAAGUAUUUGGUACCAUACUUCUUUUAAAUGCCAUUGUUUUUCUUGCAUGGCAAGUACCUCAAUGGCAACAUAUCAUGAUCAAAUAUUUUAUGACUGAUGCACUUGCUAGAAAAAUUCCAGUGUCAUCACUUCUUCUAAGUGCUUUCAGUCACAGUUCCCCUGUACACUUCUGUUUUAAUAUGUACGCUCUUCAUACUUUUUGCCGAGGUGUGAUCCAACCGUGGGGUGAAAUGGGACCGGAAGAAUUCACUGCAAUGUAUAUAAGUGGUUGUGUUGUUUCAUCAUUAGCUAGUAUUAUUUUUAGACGAAGCUUUAAAUUUCCUGGAAAUAGCUUAGGCGCUUCUGGUGCCAUAUUAUCGGUUGUUGGAUACUUUUCACUAUCGAAUCCCGAUCAAAAAUUGGGUAUAAUAUUUUUACCAAACAUACAAUUUGAUGCAAUUCAUGCCUUAUUUGGUAUAAUAUCGUUAGACAUAAUGGGAUUACUUUUGAAGUGGCAAAUGUUCGACCAUGCAGCUCACUUAGGAGGAACAUUAUUUGGAAUGUUUUGGUACAAAUAUAUGUCAACAUAUGUAUGGAACAAUCGAAAAUAUAUUGUAGGUAAUUGGAUAAAACUAAAACAAAUUGUUCGAGGCAGAGAUAAAUGAUACAUAAUUUUUAGCCAGUUGGUCACAUGAAAAAGCAUUAUGUAGAUGUGCGCUGCGAUGGACUGUGUACUACUUACUGGUAAACCCCCAUGAGUUUUAUAUUAAUUAUUAAUGUCUUAUCGUCCAUAUCUU